AUGUUGAGGCAGUUGGAGAUCGGUGCCCUCGGCUUGGCCUUUGUGGGGUGGAUCUGUGCCAUCCUGACCCGCUGCCUGGCUCUGUGGAAUGUGCACGGAACUGUGGACAACGCUACAGCCUCUCUGCCUGCCUACUGGGAUGGGGUGUGGUUGCAGUGGGAUCAUUGGGACCUGGCCCAUGAUGGAAGUCUGCAUUGCUCAUUCUACCAAACUCUUAUGUCUCUUUCUGGAAGUUUCCGCACAUGGAGAUCUCUCGUCAGUGCGGCCAUUGGAGCUGGGGCUUUUGCUGUGCUCAUCAGUGCAGUGGGGGCUGUGUGGUUCCCUCACCGUGGUCAGAUUAAAGUCUUUUCCGGAGCCAUUUUUGUUUUGUCUGGAAUCCUACUGUUGGUUCCCACAGCAUGGACAUGUCAUCACACCAGCCAGGCACUAGAGGGGGCUAUGCACUUGAGAAGAGACUGGGGGCCUGCCCUGUACUUAGGGUGGAUUGGAUUUGCUUUGAUGACGGUGGGAGGAGUGUUUCUAAUGACCAGGUGUCCCACAACUGAAAUCCAGGGAGAGCACACUGAAGUGGCCACUGCUCCCCCCCCAGAGGAGGAGUCGAGCCAUCCCCUGAGCAGGAUCAACCGGGCCACAUUCACAAACAGCCAAUUCCAACGCGGGGCAGGACCGGUCUGA